AUGGAGAAUAGUCCUAGGUACGUGAGAAAAGAUAAUCUUGUUUUUUUGAAAAACGAAAAAACAAAACAAUUCUCGUACGCAAUGAGUGAAACCGAUGAAGAAUUCCAAACCAGAAACAGCAGCUUCUCUGCGUUCGACCACGCCCGUAUGAGCACGGAAGGUUCUCCAAUGAUGAUGUCUCCAUGGAACCAACCAUCUCCCUUUGCCAAAUCCCCCUGGUCCCAAUCCGAUGACCCAGACCCCACCGGUACAACCACCCCACAAAACAGCCUCAUCGGCUCCCUGGUCCGAGAAGAAGGUCACAUCUAUUCCCUCGCGGCUAUCCGAGACCUCCUAUACACCGGCUCCGACAGCAAGAACAUCCGUGUCUGGAAAAACCUCAAAGAAUUCUCCGCCUUCAAAUCAAACAGCGGUCUAGUCAAGGCCAUCAUCAUCUCGGGUGAGAAAAUCUUCACCGGCCACCAAGAUGGGAAGAUCCGUGUCUGGAAAGUCCAACAAAAGAAUGAGAAACUCCACAAACGAGCCGGCACCUUACCCAAAUUCAUCGACAUCUUCAAAGCCUCCAUCCGUCCCAAGAACUACGUCCAAGUCAAGAAGAAACGAACCGGCCUUUGGAUCAAACACUCCGACGCCAUCUCCUGUCUUAGCCUAGACAUACAGAACGGCCUCCUCUAUUCAGCUUCAUGGGACCGCACCUUUAAGGUAUGGAGACUCCAAUCAUCCAAAUGCCUAGAAUCCGUCAAGGCUCAUGACGACGCCAUCAAUGCCGUGGUAGCAGGUUCGGGCGAUGGAAACCUCGUCUUCACAGGUUCCGCGGACGGGACAGUUAAAGUUUGGCGUAGAGAAAUGCUGGUUAAAGUAACCAAACAUACAUUAUCAAGCACCCUUCUGAAACAGGAAAGUGCUGUAACCGCUCUAGUCGUUGGUGGUUCGGAUACGGCUAUCUACUGCGGUUCAUCGGACGGUUUGGUGAAUUUUUGGGAAAGGGAUAAGGAAUUGACGCAUGGGGGUGUUUUGAAAGGACAUAAGCUGGCAGUUCUAUCUUUGGCGUCUGCUCGAGACAUUUUGUUUACUGGUUCUGCGGAUAAGACUAUUUGCGUGUGGAAGAAGGAAGGGAAGAGUCAUACUUGUUUAUCUGUGUUGAGCGGGCAUACAGGUCCGGUUAAGUGUCUGGCGGUUGAGGCUAGUCAGGACUCGAAGGAGGAUGAUCGUCGAUGGGUGCUUUAUAGUGGAAGCCUUGAUAAGUCUAUAAAAGUUUGGAGUGUAUCUGAGCAGCCACCUGAUAUUAAUCCAAUGGCUGCCAUGCAACAAGAAAUGACUGACUAUGAUAUCUCCUGGUCCUCAAUUCCUUCAACCAAGUUUUAAA